AUGGACAUCGGCACGGCAAUUUUAAUAAUUGGCUUCGCUGCUCUUGUUGCAGCCUUCCUCCUUCUGGUAAUUGGACUUGUGUACUCUGAGCUGAUGAAUUCAGACAUUCCUCGUGGGGUUGCAAAUAGUGGGAAACUGCACAUAGUUCAUGGCUUGUUUGUUGGCAUAGCAAUUGUGGGCCGGAUCCUACAUCGGCUGGGUAUUUGUCAUCAGGUCAGCUUUAUCCGAUGGUUCGUGGCCUGUUUUCUGACUCGCCUAAAUCCAGUUCCAGCGGGCCUGCGAGUGAAGGACCUGAAGUUUUCGGAGGUGCCAGUGCGAGUCUACGAACCCACAACUGUGUGUGACGGCUUGAGAAGAGGCCUUGUGUAUUUCCAUGGAGGGGGAUGGGUGUUGGGGAAUAUAGAUUCUGUUGAUGAAGUCUGUCGGCACAUCGCCAAGGAGUCGGACACCACGGUGGUUUCUGUUGGGUACCGAUUAGCCCCCGAGCACAGGUACCCUGCCCAGCUGGACGAUUGUGAGACAGCGACGUGUCACUUCCUGUCUGUGGCUGAGGCAGAGUUUAGCGUGGACUCUUGCAGAGUGGCAGUCGGAGGGGACAGCACUGGGGCUAACCUGGCAGCAGCGCUGUGCCAAAGGCUGGCGAGGAGAGAGGUCGGACAUCUGCCGUUCCCCUGCGCUCAGGUCCUCAUCUACCCAGCCCUGCAGAUGGCAGAUUUCAACCUGCCCUCAUACCAGCAAAAUCAUGCUGUGCCCAUAUUGUUUCGUGGCCGUAUGGCGUUCUACUUCCUGCAGUACCUCAGUGGGGACAUGUCUCUGUGCCAGGACGUGUUGGAAGGCAUCCAUGUCCCCACUGAGCUCAGGCCACGCUAUGAGGAGUGGCUCUCCCCUUCCAACCUUCCUCCUGAGUUCCUCAAGCGGGGUUUCAGUGAGCCACCUACCCCAGAAUAUGAUGGGGAGGUGUAUCACGACAUCAAGGCAGGUUUGGAACACGAGGUGUCGCCUUUACUGGCAGACGACGCUGACAUUCAGAAAACCCCUCCCACCUUCCUCCUCACCUGUGAGUAUGAUGUCCUGAGGGACGAUGGGAUUCUUUACAGGAAACGACUGCUGGACUUGGACAGAGAUGUCACCUGGCAACAUGUGACAGAAGGUUUUCAUGGCAUGAUUAACUUUUUCAACCAAGGCUGGCUCACGUUUCCCUCUGCAGUGCAGGUUGUGGAUAGUGUUGUUGAAUACAUAAGAACACUGUGA